CCUAGAUUUCUAUAUAAACAAGUAUUGAAAGUAAAAUUAUUACAUUGCAAGAUACAAAUAACAAAAGAGAGAAACAAAGAAAAAGAAAAAGAGAAAUAUGAGUUUCACUGAGAACCAAGAGGCUUUAGUCAAUAGCUCAUAUGAGUCCUUUAAACAAAACCUUCCUCACUAUAGUGUUUUGUUCUACACUUUUAUAUUGGAGAAAGCACCUGCAGCAAAGGAAUUGUUCUCUUUUCUAAAGGACACAUCUGGAGUACAGUAUAGUCCAAAACUUCAAUCUCAUGCUGAAAAAGUUUUUGGAUUGGUGCACGACUCAGCUAUUCAACUUCGAACAAAAGGAGAAGUAGCCUUGGGAGAUGCUACAUUGGGUGCCAUCCACGUUCAGAAGGGAGUUGUUGAUCCUCAUUUUGUGGUGGUUAAAGAAGCAUUGCUGAAAACAAUAAAGGAAGUGGCAGGAGACAAGUGGAGUGAGGAGUUAAGUACUGCUUGGGGAGUAGCCUAUGAUGGAUUGGCAACCACAAUUAAGAAAGCAAUGAGUUGAAAUUAGAGUCUUUUGUUAUUAUACAAAAGAAUCUUUUCUUAAGAAUAAGUGUAAUAAAUACAAAUUAUACCACACAAAAACUUGUAAAACAAGUUUCUAUAAUUAAUAAAUAAAUACUAUUUGAAAUAAUUAGUUAA